AUGCAUCUUGUGGUUCGUUCUUUCAGCACGCGUCUCGUUGACACGUCAGUCUGCAAAUCAGGCGCGGACCUAAAGUGUCUUCUGGCUUCGGAGGAUGGUCUUCCUCUGGAAGAUAUUCAGCUCUACGCUGGUACAUCGGUUCUGAGUAGUGACACUGUGUUGGCCGAUCUGUCAGCCGACUGCCCUAUUGACGUGAGCGUCGCCGUCCUUGGUGGUAAGGUGCACGGGUCUCUGGCUCGUGCGGGUAAGGUGCGGGGUCAGACCCCGAAGGUGGAGAAGCAGGAUAAAAAGAAGCAACCGAGGGGUCGUGCCAAGCGUCGAAUGCAGUACAAUCGUCGCUUCUUUGCGGUGGUCGCCAGCACUGGGUUGCGAAGACGAGGUCCAAACUCUAACUUCAAGCCAACCUAG